AACUAGAGUAACAGGGUUUUUAUUUAUCUUGCUUAUUAGCAAUCUGUGGCGUGUGAGGAGGCAUAUUCGCAGAAAGAUUCAGAUGGAGAAUGAGUCGUCGGCUGGCGAAGGAGGAGCUCCUUUUGAUCAGUUUAACUUCACUUUUGACGACGACGGUGAUGAUGAUGAUCACUUUGUCACCAAUCACGACAUGCAAAUGCCUUCAAACCAGAAGAAUAAGGCUGCGGAACAUGUUGAUCUAGGAUCAUCAAGUAGUGGAAGCUCUCAGCCUUUGAAUCGGGCAAGGUCGAGGGAGAGCGUAACAGUGUCAGCCUUCACUCCUUUUAGCGGACUAUCAGAUCCUCUCCAUGAACAACCUGCAAACUUGGCAUCAAUGGGGGCUUCAUCUUCAACUCCAUUAGUUGAGACGCCGCAAAGCCACCGUCACAUAACAAUUGAAGAACUCAGUCCCGCAUUGCAAAGUAAUGAGUCUCAACCAAAUCCGGAAAAGUCAGGGCCUUCAGUUUCUAACGUUCCGUCACCUGAAACGGCCUUUAAUCCUGAAUUUGAAGGAGCAUCACAACCGCAUCCUCCAAGAAUGGAUUAUCUCGAGCCCGGAUCAUCAGCUGGAAAUAACUGGUUCAGUCUAAAUCAAGCAAAUUCCACCCAAAUUUUCAUGCCGGGAGCUGUAGGGUUUACAAGCUAUCAGUACUCUAACCCUCCACUUAUGUUUGCUCAAAACGACAGGGAAACAAUACCGUUUUACAUUAAUUUGCCCAUGCCAAUACAGCCACAUCGUCCAAGACCGAUGCAUAUGGGAGUAACUAUCCGUGAUGGUGUGGUGGAGCCUCACCAUCCAGAACCAGAACCAGAACCAGAACCAGAACCAAAUGUGGCAAUUCAGUCACAUCCCCAAAUGGAGCAAGUGCCUCUGUCUCUAACUUUGGGUCACAGUCAAUAUGGCAUAAACACAAUGAUGGCCGGGCUAGGAGUUGCAGAUCAAAGGCCAUCCCAGAGCAACCAGCAGCAAGCCACUUUGUACCCCCAGCAACUCAAUGAUCCUCCAAGGCCUUGGACCCCAUCAGGGUUCUGGACCCAAAAUAAUCAAGUUAUGCCAGCUAAUGGAGCGUGUAACCAACAAUGGACCAACUGCAUACCCUAUGGAGCUGUACAGACAGGGCCCCAAGGACCACAGCAAUUACUGAACCAGCCACAACAGCUGAACCAAGUGCAGCCACCAAAUACUUUUGGUUCACAACAAUGUCAUCACCCUAGGCGACCUGCAGGGCUUUCUGCACCUCUUUGGCCUCCUAAGCAUACCAAGAGCCAGAAUGUGCUGACUCCCUGGAUCCUGGAGUCUUCGUUUGCUGCAAGGGUCCAGUCUUUGCCUGAAACACAAGAUAAUCACACCCAGGCGGUGCCACCACACCAUUCUAAUUCUAUACAACCUGAUCCUUUAAUGCAGUCUGGGUGAGCAAAUA